AUGUGUCUGAACAAUCAGACACAGAAUGGUGAUUUUUUCCUGUUGGGGAUCUUUAGUAAAAGUUCACACCCUGGUUUCCUCUUCUUUCUUAUCAUCAGCAUAUUUUUAAUGGCUGUAUCUGCAAAUAUCAUCUUGAUCCUUCUGAUCCACUUUGACUCCUGCCUGCAUACUCCUAUGUACUUCUUUAUCAAUCAACUCUCACUCAUGGACUUAAUAUAUAUUUCUGUCACUGUGCCCAAAAUGCUGGCAAACAAACUGGUAAAUGUGAGGACCAUCUCAUUCUUGGGUUGUGGGACCCAGAUGUUCUUCUACCUUUUGUUGGGAGGUUCAGAAUACUGCCUUCUAGCUGCCAUGGCCUAUGACCGUUAUGUGGCCAUCUGCCAUCCUCUCCGUUACUCUGUCCUUAUGAACCAUAGGAUAUGUCACCUCCUGGCAUCUGGCUGUUGGUUUGUGGGAUCAAUGGAUGGAUUUAUACUCACUCCCAUCACCAUGACAUUCCCCUUCUGCAGAUCUCGGGAAAUCUACCACUUUUUCUGUGAGGCCCCUGCUGUAAUGAAGUUGUCCUGUUCGGAUACCUCCCUCUAUGAGAUUUUCAUGUACCUGUGUUGUAUUCUCAUGCUGCUCAUCCCUAUUACAGUCAUUUCAGGAUCUUAUUAUUUUAUCAUCCUCACCAUCCACAAGAUGAACUCAGUAGAGGGCAAGAAAAAGGCUUUUGCCACGUGUUCUUCCCACAUUACAGUCGUUAUCAUCUUCUAUGGGGCUGCUGUUUAUACCUACAUGCUCCCCAGCUCCUACCACACCCCUGAUAAGGACAUGGUAGUGUCCUUCUUCUACACCAUUCUGACACCUGUCCUGAAUCCUGUAAUUUACAGUUUCCGGAAUAAGGAUGUCACAGGAGCUCUAAAAAAAUUGCUGAGAGCAGGCAAAUUUCCCUGUUAG